CGCAUGUCUGAAAGAAAAGACCACAAAUGCAACACCAAUGGAAACAUUAAUUUUUGAAGCGCUUCAUGUAAAUUAUGAUUUCAAUUCAAUUUCAUUUUAUGUAGAUGUCUCCAAACCACAAUAACAGUUGCUGAACAGCACUUUGUGUUGUAUAUGUAUUGACUGUUUGGAGAAAUAAAACUGUGUCGUCUCUAAUCAUGUUGCUAACAUGGUAACAUUUUAUUUCAUGUGGUUACCUUUGCAGGAUGAGAAGAAUCAGAAAGCAGUCAGUCAAUACCUAAAGCAACUAGUCCUUCAAGUCUUCCAGUCACAGUCACAGUCACCAUCCCAGCAGCCUCUAAGAAAGAAAACUGUCGACUUAAUGGAGAGAAAUAAGAAAAGCCUUUCCCUGUUUAUUCUGCUGCCUGUGCUGCUGCUCUGCAGAAGUGAUGAGUGUCCCAGGCUUCCAGAGAAUCUCACUUGCUACACUGACUACAAUAGAAACAUCACAUGUUUGUGGAACAGCACUGAUGAGGCUGCAUGCACCAUACAUGCUCAGUUUAAAUCUCGACGCCUUUCUUACAGCGCUUCCUGUGACCUAAAGUCUGUAGACAUCUCCAGACCAGCCCUAAAGAAGUGCUCCCUGAUCUUUAACGACACAUACACUUUUCUGUCUUUCCAUAAGUUGUCCCUUAAUCUGAGCUGCAACCAAAUGAAGAGUGUAAUCACUUCCUUCAUGCCAUCCUGUCACAUAAAGGUGAAUCCUCCUGCAGAGCCAAAAGUCAACUUCACGUCUGUUUCCUGGUUGUCCCAAGUCCCCGAACAUGAUAGGAUCAGUUCAUACAGAAGUGAAGUCGAGUGGAAGAAGCAGGAUCAGUCAUGGAGUGAUCCUGCUGUGCACAAAAAAGUUGGCAUUCAGUGUGAGCAGGAGUGCAAGGCAGAGCUGGAGCCAGAUUUGCUGAUACAAGGCGAGAGGUACGAGGCACGAGUUCGUGUGCGGUCUAUUUUUCAGCACCGCGAGGGAGCCUGGAGUGACUGGAGCCCCACUGCAUCAUGGGAGUCACCAGUAGGGAAAAUAAAACCACCAUCAGGUACAUUUAUCUCAAAAUGUUUUGUUUAACAUAACAUACCAAUGUCAAAAUCUUUCCAAUUCAUUCAUCCUGAGCAUGAUUACUGCAGUAUGGAAUAAUUAUGUAUAUGGGAAAAUGUUUAAAGUUUGAAGCGUGUUGGUGUGUAAUACACAGCAUAGAGGGGAAGAAGCCAUUGUGAAAAAUGUCCAAUGCUGUAAUAUAACUCACAACCUUCAACAUACAAGGGAAAAGUGAAGGAGUGGUAACUGCCACUCAGCCACUAAGGGAGAGGUGAGAGAGAGGGCUGGCUCUCCAUUCAAAGUCAAUAGGACUGAUCUAGGAGUGGUCUGUCUACAACAAACACUCGUUAGCCCUCCAAAGAAGAAGAUAAACGGCAGACAACAAUAACACAUACUACCAAUAUUACAACUACAUUAAUUCUCAGAUUCAAAAGCAUCAAUGUCCACAUCUGGACUGUUUCCUUGAGUUGAUGAAAGUGUUUAGUUUCCAUUUGGUAGUUUUUCAUUGGAACAUAAAAUAUGCAGUCCAUAUGGGGCACCAGUGCAAGGCCUUGAAUGGGCU